UACGCAUCACCAGCGUUGUGUUUGUGAUGAGGCGGGAAAUGGCGUCCGCAGACAUGUUUGGUCUGUGACUCGCUACCGAGCGACACGCAGCAGGCAGCGACAACCGCGGCCCGACCUCUACCGGUGGCCGCCACGGUCGCGGCCGACAGCAGCCCGCCGCGGCUCGUUUUGAGGAGCUUCCGAGAUCAUCAAUUUUUCUAUGUGACGUUUGAGCAUGAUGAAGCUGAGAGUGCGUAAAGCUCCUCAGCAGGCGAACUUUGGCCGUCGAAUCCAGCCGUCCCAAGCCAAGCGGAAACACCGUGAAGUGGAGCCGUCUCCGGUGAGAGGUCGAGGCAAAAUGCAGAAGAAUGAAACCGGCCUUUUCUCCACAAUAAAGAAAUUCAUCCGUGGAAAUGCUGUCAAGGUGGAGCAGGAUAUCCCUGCAAAGAGGAGUCGUGUUGAUUGUAAUCUUGAGAGUAAUCUAAUAACUUCAUCGCCACAGACUAGAGGCCUUUCAAACAAAACCGUUCCCAGAGUUUGCCGGAAAAGUCCAGUUAAAGACACAAUGACCUGCAACAGCAAACCCAUGAAACCGAACGGUAAACUGGAGCCCCCCCUCGAGGCAGCGAGCAGCCCACCACGCACCACCCUGCUCGGCACAAUCUUCUCUCCAGUCUUCAACUUUUUCUCACCAUCAACUAAAACUGCCACUCCUGGUUCAGAGUCCCCCGGGCAGGCGAUGGAGGCCGAGGAAAUCAUCAAACAGCUGGACAUCGAGCCGGCAGAAGAAAUGCCGAGCAGCACCCUCACGUCCACAGAGGCAAUCACUCCGUGCCACGCUGCCCUGAUUUUACCGCAGAGGCUUCAGAUUAACUCCGACACAACCAUAGAACAAGGAGAAAUAGUCACUGAAACUGACAUGCCACCAUUAACGGCUGCUGGUUGCAUGCCGGACGGUGUUUACCCACAUGCUCUACCUUCAGCCCCUCCAGAAACAACAUAUGAAGAGGAAUGGGAAGUUUUUGAUCCGUACUUCUUUAUCAAGCACGUGCCUCCACUGACAGAAGAGCAGUUAACACGUAAACCAGCGUUACCUUUGAAAACGCGCAGCACACCAGAGUUUUCUCUUGUCUUGGAUCUGGACGAAACUCUGGUCCACUGUAGUUUGAAUGAGCUAGAAGACGCAGCCCUGACAUUCCCUGUGCUCUUUCAGGAUGUUAUAUACCAGGUCUAUGUUCGGUUGAGGCCAUUUUUCCGAGAAUUUCUUGAGCGCAUGUCUCAAAUGUAUGAGAUUAUUCUCUUCACGGCUUCAAAGAAAGUGUAUGCCGACAAGUUGCUCAACAUCCUGGAUCCGAAAAAACAGUUGGUCAGACACCGGCUGUUUCGUGAGCACUGUGUUUGUGUUCAAGGAAAUUACAUUAAAGACCUCAACAUUCUCGGACGGGAUCUUUCAAAAACGAUAAUAAUCGACAACUCGCCCCAAGCCUUUGCCUAUCAGCUUUCCAAUGGAAUUCCUAUCGAGAGCUGGUUUGUGGAUAGAAACGACAAUGAGCUUCUGAAGCUCGUUCCUUUCCUGGAGAAGCUUGUGGAGCUGAAUGAAGAUGUCAGGCCGCACAUCCGAGAGCAGUUUCGUUUACACAACCUCCUUCCUCCGGACUGACCGCGCGUUCGUCUCUCAGCUCAAGAUGGUAUCAACAUUGGAAAGUGGAAAAAAAAGAUCCCACAAGAACAUACGCAAUAGAUUUCAAUUUGCAAACAAUGCCGUGGUUAUUUUUGAAAUUAUGCAAAACAUUGAACGUUCUAAUUGAAUCAAGAAAGUCCUGGAUGUUUUUACACACACACACACACACUCAAACCAGAUUCAGAAAAAAAAUACGAUGUGCCCGCUGCGGCCGACGUUUUGCUUGUUUGUUUCCAGCCUCCUGGAAGGUAUUUUGUCUUUUGAGAAACAUUUUGGAUUAGCAAAACUGAAUGUCAUGCCGUGUUGGAUCUUAUGGACUUGGGUCACGUCAGCCUGACCGUGACCGGACACUCAAACCUGUAUGAUAUUAACUCCAUUUACUUGUAAAUUUAUGUACAUAGUUUUUUUUUUCCCCCAAAGGGUUUGAAGUCAAUAUCAUUUCCUUUCAGAUUUUAGUAUGUAUUCUUUGAUUCGGUUGCUUUUAUAAACCAACUAAAUGUUAGUGUGUUUUGUUUGAAGUUGUUGAUAAGCAGCUGCUUUUCUGUGGUAUGCCUGCAUUAUUCCUGUGAUGCUUUACUCCAUUACAUGCAGUUGUCUGUAAUACGGUGCUGUUUAAAAGAGAAAAAAAAAGUAUCUUUUGAGGGAGAAAUGUUUCUGAAACAAUAUUUUAAAACAAUGUAAUGUAAGCUAGACUAUGGUCUAACCUGAAUACAAAGCCAUGAUGGCUGAAUUUUAAACUUGGAGAUUUGUAUUUGAUAGUCCAUCGGGAAAGGGGGGGGGGGGGUUCUGGCAUCUUGCACUUUGACAUCCAGCCCUUUGUAAGUUGAUGUAAAAUCUUGUCACUUUUCUACACUGGUGUGAAUCGCCUCAAUUUGUUAUGUGGGUGGAAGAAAAUGAACUUGUAGCACCAGCAAAUUGCCAACAUUGUUUGCUUUGAAAUCUUGUUUUCCAAGACGUCUUGUAUGUGGGAUCUUAAUGGUGUGGGAGUCACAAGUUUUAUUGACUAUUGAAUGAUCACUCCCGUUGUAUUCAGUGUUACUCAAUGGUUUCCUUGAAAAUAAAUACAUUUUUAUACGA